CACCAGUGACGAAGACGAGGAUGUACUCUGAGUCGACAUACCUUGUUACGCUGCUUGGCCGAGACAAUUCUGCUCAGAUGAGGCAAAGAAUGAGGGCGCAUUGCAGACAUGACAUCUCUGCAUUACAGAAGUGCUUCAGCCACGGACCGACGUAGCACGCACUUUUCCACCCGACCCUCACGCGUCAACUCAACUAGAGCCCGAGACUAUGAGAAAGCCUCAGCCCGAGACGGUGACUCACCGGUGUUUCCUGAUGGAUACAGCGACGCGCAGGACAGAAGCGAGCGCAACAGAAACGAGAAGAGGUUCAGUGGGCUCGAUCGCCGCAGGGAGAAAGCCACUAUCACAACAACGGAGACACUGUUUACGAGGCGUAGUCCGAAGAAGGAGACAUCUGCGACUGAACGUCGGAGAAGUGAAAGAGUUCAACCCCGAACGACAGCCAGCCCUGUGCCAAAGAUUCUACGUAAAGAGGAGAGCAUCCCACCAUGGAAUCCUUCCGUAUCCUUGAUCCCUCACUCUUCUGCGCCGCUCGCCUCGCGAGUGACGAAACCGCCCUUGGCCCGUCAUGCACCGUCGGACCUAGGACCCAGCCCGCUGGCGGCGAUGACAAUGCAGGAGCAGGAACAAGCAAUACUGGACGAUUUGUUAUAUGUCUUCAUGGGUUUCGAAGGACAGUACAUCACAUUUGCCGAUAGCUACGAUCCUUCCGAAGAGAAGCAGCGCUUGUGCGGGCCUUCAUUCGAGCCUGUCCCAGGGCUUGACCCCAGCUUGAAGGACCUGACAAGUUCGAUGCUGUCCAUGGCUACACAUCACUGUGCGAUAGAGGCUUUCAUUGAAGUCCAAAGUCAAGAGGACUUUGGUUCAGUCAAUCAUGCCCUUUGUGCAGCAAUCCGCAAGAUCCUGAGAGACUAUCUUAUCCUGGUUGCGCAAUUGGAAACGAAAGUCCUGACCGACCCUGGGUUCACAUUACACCAAAUGCACAUCGCGAUCAUGCCUACCGCGCAGUGUCUGGCACAACUAUACUCACUUGCACAGGAGUUGCUGAAGAAGAAUUCGCUCCUAGAUGAGGAUAUUGACGAUUCAAUUGAUGACUUCGACGCAGAUAACAUCAUUGAACGGCUGAAAGAAGGUGGUGAUCUAUUGCCGGGAAGUUUGAGCAAGAAGCGAUGUAUAGGCGGGAACGUUCUGGGACUGCUAUCAAAUCGACUGUCAACGUUCUCGGGAGAUCCAGCCGCCAGAGCAAUACUCGAAAUGCUGCUGCGGGAGUCCAGCCGGCCAUAUAUGGUGAUGCUAAAUGAAUGGCUGCACCACGGAGGUAUCAAUGAUCCUCAUUCAGAGUUUCUGGUUGGGGAGAGGGCCAGCAUCAAGCGUGAACGCCUCGACGAAGACUACACUGACGAGUACUGGGAGAAACGGUACCACAUCCGUGACAAAGAGGUUCCGCCACAACUUGAGUCGGUCAAGGAGAAGGUGCUAUUGGCAGGAAAGUAUCUCAACGUGGUCCGUGAAUGUGGUGGAGUCAACAUCAGCAGCAAGAUUGUCGAUACUCCAGCUACAUUUGAUGAUCCUCGCUUCCUCGACAACGUAAAUAAUGCGUACUCGUUCGCAAACAAAGAGUUGCUGCAUUUACUUCUGACGAAAAAUUCACUUCGAAGCCGACUUCGAUCGAUGAAGCACUAUUUCUUCCUGGACAAGGCGGAGUUCUUCCUCUACUUCCUCGAAUUGAGCGAUUCGGAGCUACGAAAAAAGCAUCGAGAUGUGAAUGUUGGAAAGCUACAAUCUUUGUUUGAUCUCGUACUGCACCAACCUGGUAGCAUUGCAGUGGCGGACCCUUUCAAAGAGGACGUCAAAGUCAAGAUGAACUCCAUCGGCCUCACUCAAUGGUUGAUCAAGGUCGUCAAUGUGCAAGGAAUGGAUCAGGACAAUCCAGACUCUGUGAUGGAACAGUACAAAACACCAGCCCCAGGGCAAGGCUCUACCACAGACAAACUUAAAAAGGACAAGAAAGAGGAUGAGGAGAAAGAUAUUAUUGGGUUCGAAGCCCUCGAACUCGACUACACGGUUCCCUUCCCACUAUCCUUGAUCAUCAGCCGCAAGACUGUUAUGCGAUAUCAGCUGAUAUUUCGGUACACUUUGGCUCUUCGACACCUUGAAACACAACUCGUUGGAUGUUGGGCGACGCACACAAAGGAGAGAGCAUGGAUCCACAAAUCCUCAGACAAGAGAUUCGAAUUAUGGAAGCGUCGAGUCUGGACGUUGCGAUCUCGUAUGCUGAUAUUCGUCCAGCAGAUGCUCUUCUUCGCAACGGCGGAAGUCAUUGAGCCCAAUUGGCAGAAACUGAUGGCCAAGGUUGAUGAUGCCGAGCGGGAAGACGUUGGGGAGUCGACAAGCGGACUCGGGACCAAGUCGAAACCAACGGUGGAUGAAUUGAUGCAAGAUCAUGUCGACAUGUUGGAUUCGUGCAUGAAGGACUUAGGCCUGACGCAGGCCAAGUUGCUUCGGCUUCAUGCCAAGUUGAUGACGGGCUGUGGCAUGUUUGCCUCAUAUGUCGAGUACAUCACAAAGUCCAUUUACGAGGCGGACACAAGCAUUCAAUCGCAGCCUGGGAAGGGCAACGCAAAAGCAACUAAUCCAGCACCGACUGACCCAGCGCGGAUGAAGAGGAUCGAGGAGUCAAUCCGGAAGUAUGAGGAGCACUUCAAUCGACACCUGAAGAUCCUGAUUGACGCUCUGAACUGGUUUGCCACCACGGAGACAGUGUCGCUGCUCAGUCUUUGUGGACGCUUGACGAACGCCGAGGUCCAGAAACGGGAUGAUUUGUUUCUGUAAGUUGCUGGCAGUGUGUUGUUGAUGACACCGGACUUCACUGUGUCUUUCGUAUGUCCAGCGGCUGUGAAGUGUCUUUGUUGAUUAAUGGAGUGACGACCUUGAUGAUUUGUAUGAAUAGUAUCACAGCUAUUGUCAGGAUACCCCAGAUCAGGACAAAUAAUCUUGCUUGAUCACGAUUGCCUCCUUCCAAUUGUGUUUGUUCCUUCCUGCCUCACCCGGGUUGAUCCCCUGCAUCACUGUUGAGGGCGGUCAGGGUAAAAAGUACUUCGCCAAGGCAGUCCAUCCUGCGCGAAUUUG